GUUUUGAAAUCGUGCGGUACUUAGUCUGCAGUCAUCGUGGUCGUUAUGUCGUUACGUUUCUUAAUUUGAUCCGGUUUUUGGGAGAUUUUGGGAAAAACGCUAUAGAAAAUUUUGGGGAAUAUUCGGGAAAACGUCACCAAAACCACAACAUUUCCACAGUGUAUCAACUGACAAGGAUCACAAUAUUUCGUCAAAUUAUUGUAAAUUCACAUGGAGAAUGUUUGGCCAGCGAAGUACAUUCUGUUUACACUCCCUGGCCAAAGUCUGAAGAAUUUUCGAAAUGUUCUCAUUGUUUAAACACUUAUUUCACAAUGUCUUCUUCUCGGCAUAUUUACUAUGUCGCUCGUGAAAUGUUUCCCGCCUGUCUUUUGGCAGGUGUCGGAAUGGUAGUUGCGGGAUGUUAUAUUGAUAUGCUGAAGUCCUCGGGCACUUUAACUUCGAAAGAGGAAAGUAUUUUUGAGAUCAUUCCACCAAUUCUUGGACUGAAAGGAAAUUUAGAAGUUGCUCUUUCCUCUCGAUUAGCUACUGUGGUCCAUUUUCGAAGGAAGUUUAACGAACUAUCUUUCUGGUUGUUCACAACCACUCUGGCUUUUAUACUUGUUCUUGCUGUGUUUGCAAGCACAAUUAUACCUUUAGUGGUAAUAACGUUACAUAAAUCAUCGGGUACAUCUCAUUUCCCUGUUGAUCUUGUUCAUCUUAUCUGCAUUUCAUCAAUGACUUGCAUUUGUGCCACGUGUUUUAUAGGCGUUGUUGUUUACGCAAUAGUAUGUGCUUGCGUCUUUUGCGGAACGAAUCCUGAUAAUGUUGCUCCACCUGCAGCCGCUGCUUUGGGUGAUCUUGUGACUGUUUUGAUUAUUUCACAUGUGAACUAUUACUUUAUCAUGCAUCCAACUUUGACUGUCACCGUUGCCGUGUGCAUGAUUUCUGUGGUUCUUAUUUUGAGUAUAUGUUAUUUAUUAUAUUAUUCAAACGUCAACGUAUCUGGUGAUCUUCGCAGUCUUAUUAUUACACCUAAUACUGUUAAAGAAACCAUCAUUCCUUUAACUCUUGCAAUUAUCAUGAGUAGCAUUUGUGGGAAUAUAUCCGCCCGAUUUCUAAUAGAUUGGCCCAUUAUUGCGCGCCUUCAAGUCCCAAUAAAUGGUAUGGGGGGAAUUUUUGGUUCAAUGUUAAUUAGCAGGAUGACAACACGCCUGCAUUCAAUAACUUGUUCAAAAAAGCCUCCUCUGAAGGAGUCGUUCAUUGUUUCUCCAACAUCUGGUCUAGUCACAGUUGAAAAAGUUAACACUGUGAACUCUGAUAGAAAAUCUACAACUCAUAAUUCACGUUUCUACACAUCAUCUCAGUCAUUCGAAACAUUGGGAUCCUGUAGAAAAGUACUUGAAAUUCAUACUGAUGUUUCACGGGUAUCUAAACUUAUCAGAUUCCUGUGUGUCCCGUUACAUUUUACUUUAACUUUAGUCAGUUUAACUGUCAGUUAUUAUUUGAAACAGGAUAAUUCUCCAAAGAUCACAUCACCUCUGCAGUUUGACAUUUUAUUUCCUUACCUCGUCGCUGGAUUCAUACAGAUAUGCAUACUUCUCGAGUUUGCGAAAUGGAUUGUUUUAAAACUUUGGAAAUAUUUACAUUCUACAAAACAUUUAAACUCUCAUGAUAAUGUUAUAUCCUUAGCAUCAAUUGAUUUCUCUGCUAUAGCUGUCACUACCGGUGCAGGUGAUCUGAUUGGAACAAGUUUAUUCAUUGUAUUUCUAUCUAUUAGUAAAUGGAUUAUAAGCGGUUGAUUUUCUUUUCGUUUUUUUUGUGUGAUCAUUCUGUACAAUUAGUGCUUUGAUGCUUAUAUUUUGUUCUUUGUUGUAUAUAUGAAAAUAUUAUUCUCUUUCUUUCAUAUUCACAUGAUUGAUAUAACAGUUAUUUGGACGAAUUAAAUCUUCUAUACUUAUGUAAUAUCUUAUAAAGUUUUUUACAUCAUGUCAGUAUAAUUUUCAGUAAUUUUUUCUACAUGUUUAUCUUAAUGUAGAGAAAAGUUUAAAGGGAAUGUUGUCACUAAAUAAGUUGUGAUACAUUUUUUUUGUGUAUUUUGCUAAUAUUAUAAGGUUUAGAAGUUUCAACUGGAUCUUGAAGGGGUUUUGUAAUGGUAAUGGUUCUUUCCUUUGAUUAUUAGGAUUUGUUACUAUUCACUUAUAAUGUUUCUGUUUAAAUUAUAAUCAUUCAUUUGUAUUCUCUCUAUUUUCCUCUCCGUUUACAAAUAUUCUACUGUGUUUAUUUAUACCUGUUGAUCCGAUUAAAUCUAAAACAUUUAAAAAAUAUAAUUGAAUUAUGC